AUGGCUAGAAUCAAGGUAUUUUUGUCAAUCUUAUUCGUGACUGCUGCAACAGUUAGUGAUUGCAGCGCAGCUACUCAAAAGAAUGUGUUAUUUAUCGUUGCUGAUGAUUUGAGACCAGAGUUGCCGGCGUUUAAAGGGUCCGAUACUAUCGUUAAAACUCCCAACCUGGAUAAAUUGGCAGCUAAAAGUUUGGUAUUGAAAUCAGCUUAUGUUCAACAAAGUGUUUGUGGGCCAAGUCGUACGUCAGCUUUGACAAGCAGAAGACCAGACACAACUCUUGUAUAUGAUCUGGACACAUACUGGAGAACUGAUGGUGGUGGUGAUUUUUCAACCAUACCCCAAUACUUUAAAGACAACGGUUAUCGUACUGCUGGACUUGGAAAACUGUUCCAUCCUGGAUCAGCUUCUGGUUUUGAUGACCCUCCAUCUUGGUCAGAUACUUACUUCCAUGCACCUAACAAACGUAAAUGGGUCAUAGAUGACAGCUGGCAGUCUGUUACUGCAGCUGAAGAACUUGCUCAACCUCUUCCGGACACUCAACUAGCAGACGAAGCUAUUAUCAAGCUUGCUGAUAUGUCGACCGAUGCUUUAUCUGGAGUUCAGCCAUUUUUCUUGUCGCUUGGAUUUUAUAAACCCCAUCUGCCGUUCGUGUUUCCCGAAGAUUAUCUGAAUUGGUAUCCUGAAGUAGAUGUCAGUCUUCCAGAUAACCCAUAUGCUCCCGUAGAUAUGCCUGAUGCAGCUUGGGAGGUUUACUCAGAAUUGUUAAAUUAUGAUGAUAUCACAGGAACUGGUGCCAUCAAUACUACUCUACCAGAUGCCAAAACAUUGGAGCUUCGACGGGCCUACUACGCGACGAUCUCUUACGUGGACGCCCAGGUAGGACGCGUACUGGAUGAACUGGAGCGACUUGGCUUGGAGAAUGAUACAAUAAUAGCCUUUUGGGGAGAUCAUGGUUUUAGUUUGGGCGAACAUGGCGAAUGGUGUAAGAAAACUAAUUUUGAAGAUGCCGUGAAGGCUCCGCUUAUGCUCCGUGUUCCUGGAGACACUGAUGCCGGUGUAGUUUCUGAAAGGCUGGUGGAAUUCGUAGAUCUUUUCCCUUCAAUUGUCGAAGCAGCUAGCCUGAACCAAAUUGCUCAAUGUCCAACCGAUUCAUCACUUGUCGCAGUCUGUACUGAAGGUACAAGUUUCAUUCCAUUGAUAUCCGAUCCAACUAGAGCUUGGAAAGAUGCAGCUUUCUCCCAGAAUUCUGCAACCACCAAUGGCAUCAAUGCCAUGGGGUACACCAUCAAGACAACUGAUUUCAGAUACACAGAAUGGGUAAAAUUUAAUAAACGUACACACACCAUGAACUGGAACAAGGUUUACGAUGUAGAAUUGUAUGAUCACCGUAUUGAUCCUGAAGAAAAUAUAAACAGAGCUAGUGACAGUACCUAUGCUGCUGAUAUAACCACUCUGAGUAACAUACUUCAUAAUGGUUGGAGAAACGCUGUUCCUUAA